AUGGCCUCUCUUACCUCUCCCCUCUGCACGUGGCUUGUUGCUGCUUGCAUGUCAGUCACGUGCGAAUCUCACUCCUCUCUUUCUCCUCGUUCUCGUCGUCGUACCAAGAACCUUCUCAAUCUCCCCCUUUCCACUCCCAAUCGACACCGUUCUGGUAAAGUAAAAGCUGUAACUUUAGAACCUGCUCAAGAAGCUACAACAACAAGAAAACCUCCUUUAAAGCAAAGACGAGUAGUGGUGACGGGGUUGGGCGUGGUCACAUCACUUGGUCAUGAUCCAGAUGUCUUCUACAAUAAUUUACUUGAUGGUGUUAGUGGAAUAAGCGAGAUCAAUGCUUUUGAUUGUGCGGAAUUUCCAACGAGGAUUGCUGGUGAGAUCAAGUCUUUUUCAACUGAUGGCUGGGUGGCGCCAAAGUUUUCUAAGAGGAUGGAUAAAUUUAUGCUGUAUCUGCUGACAGCGGGGAAAAAAGCAUUGGUUGAUGCUGGAGUUACUGAGGAUGUAAUGGAUGAAUUAGAUAAAACAAAAUGUGGUGUUUUGAUUGGCUCAGCAAUGGGUGGAAUGCAGGUUUUUCACGAUGCCAUUGAAGCUUUACGAAUCUCAUAUCGAAAGAUGAAUCCUUUUUGUGUACCUUUUGCAACCACAAAUAUGGGUUCUGCCAUGCUUGCAAUAGAUCUGGGGUGGAUGGGCCCAAAUUAUUCAAUCUCUACAGCGUGUGCUACAAGUAAUUUUUGUAUAUUGAAUGCUGCAAACCAUAUAAUUAGAGGUGAAGCUGACCUGAUGCUUUGUGGUGGUUCAGAUGCUGCUAUAAUACCAAUUGGUUUGGGUGGCUUUGUAGCGUGCAAGGCACUUUCACAGAGAAAUGAUGAUCCUACUAAAGCUUCACGCCCGUGGGAUAUUAACCGUGAUGGAUUUGUCAUGGGGGAAGGGGCUGGAGUUUUGCUUUUAGAAGAAUUGGAGCAUGCUAAGAAAAGGGGAGCAACCAUAUAUGCAGAGUUCCUUGGUGGAAGCUUCACCUGUGACGCUUACCAUAUUACUGAGCCACGUCCUGAUGGGGCUGGUGUUAUUCUUUGCAUUGAAAAGGCAUUAGCUAACUCCGGUGUUUCAAGGGAGGAUGUGAACUACAUAAAUGCACAUGCCACAUCCACACCUGCUGGAGAUCUUAAGGAGUACCAGGCUUUGAUUCAUUGUUUUGGCCAAAAUUCUGACCUAAGAGUGAAUUCGACAAAGUCUAUGAUCGGUCAUCUACUUGGGGCAGCUGGUGGUGUGGAAGCCGUAGCAACUAUACAGGCAAUAAAGACAGGGUGGGUUCAUCCUAAUAUCAAUCUAGAAAACCCAGAUAAAGCAGUGGAUACCAAUGUACUUGUGGGCCCAAAGAAAGAGAGACUGGACAUAAAGGCAGGCUUGUCUAAUUCAUUUGGUUUUGGUGGCCACAAUUCUUCAAUCAUAUUUGCCCCUUUUAAGUGA